AAAAAAACAUUCAUGAGUUGUGUCUUCCCCUCCUCGUUAUUCCAGAAUCUUCACCGCCCUGAGCUUAGAAACCCCAUUUCAGUCUUCGAUCUCAAAUUUUGAAUUCUUAUAGUUUGAUACUGUGAAGGGAACAUAAUAGUGAGUGGUUGCUCCGCAGGAGAAGGUGUUGCAUAUAGACUUGACUGUGGGAAGAUGCACCCUCCUUUAACAUUGCACAAACACCCAAUGUGCGCUGAAAUUAUUGAGCAGUUUCAAAAGUGUCAUGUAGAACAUCCAAUUGCCAAAUUCUUUGGCGAAUGUACUGAUUUGAAAAUAAAAUUGGAUCGCUGUUUCAGAGAAGAGAAAGCUUUGAAGCGGAAGGCUAAUUUUGAAGAGAGCAAAAAGUUAAAGGAACAACUGCGAAUUUUGAGGAAAGAAAAUGCUGCAAGCAGCAGUCAAUAGAAGGAUUUUUUGAGAUGUAGAAAAUGCCAAACUGCUCUGCAAAUUAGAACUAUAAUUUUAGGCAAGGCCUUGAUAUGAUAUACGUCUUACAGCCUUAAAAGAGGGUUAUUAACCAUAUUGUUUGAAGUAUUUUUUAUGCCCCUGCCUGCUCUGUCUUUAUCCUACUCAAUCAAUAAUCAUUGAUUCAUUAUA